AUGCUGCAGCUGCGGGACGCGGACGAGUCUGGCCCGGCCGGCAGCCCCGGCAGCCCCGGGGCCGCCACGCUGGUGCCGGGGGGAGCCGGGCCGCCCUUCGAGCCGGCGGCUCCGCCGGCCCGGCAGACGCUGCGGCCGCUCAGUGUCCGCACCGCGGGCCGCGCCGGCCGCCUCCGCCAGUACUUCGUGUUCCGGCCCGGCACCAUCGAGCAGGCGGUGAGCGAGAUCCGCGUGGUCGUGCUGCCCGCAGAGGACGGGGAGGUGCAGAGCGUGUGGCUGCUCACCGAAAUCGAUCACUGGAACAACGAGAAGGAGCGCCUUGUCCUCAUCACCGACUGGUCCCUCCUGGUCUGCAAGUACAACUUCAUCAGCCUGCAGUGCCAGCAUGUCACCAGGAUUGCCCUCAGUGCCGUGGACACCAUCUCCGUGGGGGAGUUUGUGUUCCCACCCAAAUCUCUCAACAAGAGGGAAGGUGUCGGUAUCCGCAUCCAGUGGGACAAGCAAAGCCGAGCCUCCUUCAUCAACAGGUGGAACCCCUGGUCCACCAACAUCCCCUACAUGACCUUCACAGAGCACCCCAUGGCAGAUGCUGACGAGAAGAUCUCGUCCCUGUGCCGGCUGGAAAACUUUCAAACACAGCUGAUCCAGGCUGUGAAGAAAGCCCACAAGGAGGGCCCAGUGCCAGGAAGUGCUAACGGGGUGUUGGUGCUGGAGCGGCCCAUCCUCAUCGAGACCUACCUGGGACUGAUGUCCUUCAUCAACAACGAGGCCAAGCUGGGCUACUCCAUGACAAGAGGCAAAAUUGGAUUUUAAACCCCCUUGUGUGUCACCUGUUCAAGGGCAAGUGAGUUGGGGAGAGGGUGCUGAGGGCAGAGCACGUGAUAAAGUUGCCAGGGGAAGGAAUGGAAAAGAAAGGAAAGGGGGACGUUGUAGGACAGUUCCCAGGUUGUUUGGGGAAUGCACAGGCUGGAUUUGAAGCAGACACAGGGUGGUGCCAGCCUUGUAUUUUGUACCUGAUUUACAGCCCUCACUGGUCCUUAUGCAGGGUGAAUGAGCCGUGGUGUGUUCUGUGUCCCAGAGCCUGCUCUUCCCAAUCCAUCAAGUGCCAUUGGAACCUGCUGAAGCCCCCAGAGCACAGCAGGACCUUGGUGCCAUUGGAACCUGCUGAAACCCCCAGAGCACAGCAGGACCUUGGUGCCAUUGGAACCUGCUGAAACCCCCAGAGCACAGCAGGACCUUGGUGCCACUGGAACCUGCUGAAACCCCAGGGCACAGCAGGACCUUGGUGCCAUUGGAACCUGCUGAAACCCCCAGAGCACAGCAGGACCUUGGUGCCAUUGGAACCUGCUGAAACCCCCAGGGCACAGCAGGACCUUGGUGCCAUUGGAACCUGCUGAAACCCCCAGAGCACAGCAGGACCCUGGUGCCAUUGGAACCUGCUGAAACCCCAGAGCACAGCAGGACCUUGGUGCCACUGGAACCUGCUGAAACCCCCAGGGCACAGCAGGACCUUGGUGCCCUAGCCCUGCUGUAUCCCUGUGUACGGUGUCAAAUCCUGUAGUGUGCUUGGGACUCCCUUGUGUUGUUUAAGAGGAAUUGCUGUUCCAAUCACCAUGAUCUCAGAGCUCUGAUUAAUGCCUGUUAGGAAUUUUCAAAGCUGUCAGUCAGUCUUUAACAGUAUUUGCUAGCUUUUGCUAAAGCUGCCACUGUUCCACCUGCUCAGCAGCAGUUUGUGAACUCAAUAUGCAUUUCUGAGCUUCUUGUAAAAAUCUCUCUAAGAACCUACUGGAACUUCCUCUCUACUUCUGUUUCUUUGCUGCAGCCACAGAAUAAAAACUGUUGUGAGAGAACGUUGCCAAAAGCCUCACAAACACAUUUGCCUUCAAAGCUGUUCUUUGUAGAACUGAAAAGGAAUUCUAUUUUGGUUAGAUUGAUACUCUUAGCCAUUUUUCUUAAAUCUACGCUAGUUUGGGCCAGGACUUUUUAACGGAGACAGAGAAAACUUUCAGCACUGUGUGUCAGCCUUGAUUCAUACAUUCCUGCACUGAACCUCUCAUCCAGGGAUGAAAUUCAGAAGAGAUUACAGCUGUAAUUGCUCAGGAGGUGACUCUAACAAGCUUUUUCCUUGUGCAUGACCUUCUCUCCAUGCCCUUUCAUCAGAGCUGGAUGAACACUGUGCCACAGUGGUUUUGAUCUUAACGUAGGUGAGUGUUUGUGAAACUCCUGUUGCAGCCAGUCCUGACUCCAGCUUUCCAAGCUUCUCCAUGCAUUUUCUAAGUUACCUGUUCAAUUUUCAUUAACCUUGCAGUAAAGUUAAAAUUUCAACUCUUA